AUUAUGCUGCUCGAAGUAUUCCUUGUUCUGGGGACAGUCAUCAUCUACUUCUUAUUUUACAAGAAGAAAGAAGAGAAAUUGCCCUUUAAAGAGGGAUGGUGGGGCAAGGGACAAAAGCCUGAUGCUGAAGAAGAUACAACUAUUCGGCCAUUUAAGGUGGAAACUAAAGAAGAAGAGCUGAGUGAUUUAUUUAGGAGACUUGACCAGGCUCGAUUCACUGAGCCACUGGAGAAUGGUUGCUUCCAUUAUGGGGCUAACUCCAUAUAUCUCAGGAAGGUUGUCUCCUACUGGAAAAACCAGUUCAAUUGGAAGAAACAAGUUGAAGUCCUCAACAAGUACCCACAAUUCAAAACAAAGAUUCAAGGCAUUGAUAUCCAUUUUGUUCAUGUGAAGCCUCCUUGUUUGCCUGAAGGCCAGUCUGCAAAGCCAUUACUGAUGGUUCAUGGUUGGCCUGGCUCAUUUUAUGAGUUUUACAAAAUCAUCCCUCUCCUGACGGAUCCUGCGAGCCAUGGCCUCAGUGAUGAACACAUUUUUGAAAUCAUUUGCCCAUCUAUCCCUGGUUAUGGUUUCUCAGAAGCACCCCACAAAAAAGGUUUUGAUUCUGUAAGUGCUGCCUCUGUUUUUCACGAAUUGAUGCUGAGACUGGGAUUCAAUGAGUUCUAUGCCCAAGGUGGUGACUGGGGCUGGCUCAUCUGCACCAACCUGGCCCAGAUAGCUCCCAACCACAUGAAAGGACUCCAUUUGAAUCUAGCCUCAGUUACAAACAUGGGAUUCAUGCACCUGCUCUCCAUUCUGCUGGGCCAGUACUUCCCAGGGCUCUUCGGUUUCCAGGAAGAAGAUGUUAGGCGGAUGUUUCCCUUCUUGAAGAAAGGGCUCUACAGGAUCUUGCAGGAGUCUGGCUAUGCUCACAUACAGGCUACAAAGCCUGAUACUGCUGGCUGUGGUUUAAAUGACUCUCCUGUAGGACUGGCUGCAUACAUCCUGGAGAAGUUCUCUUCAUGGACUGAUCUGGAAUUCCAGAAUUUAGAGGAUGGAGGACUAGAGAGGAAGUUUAACCUGGAUGACCUGCUCACCAAUAUCAUGAUCUACUGGGUGUCAGGCUGUAUAGUCUCCUCAAUGCGUUUCUACAAAGAAAAUUUGCAGAAGGGGAUAGGCACACAGAAACAUGAAAAGCUCACAGUACAAGUACCUACUGGCAUUGCCUCCUUCCCUAAUGAAAUCAUGCACACACCCCAGGCUUGGGCCCGGAAGAAGUACACCAAUAUAGUUUCCUUCAAUUUCAUGCCUCAAGGUGGCCAUUUCGCAGCUUUGGAGGAACCUGAACUUCUUGCUAAAGAUAUUCUGCAAUUUGUUGGGAAAGUAGAGAAAGAGCAGCUUUGGAGAAAGAAAGGGGAAUAACUCCCCUAACAAAUAGCAGGGUAAUUACUUUUUGCUUAGCACAUGUACAGGGCUUACUAUGUCUACUGUAAUCCAUGUAAUUAGGUUUUAUUAUUGACUAGACAUGACCAAGGACGGCAAGAAA